AAAUUUCUUAUCCCCGCCUCGACUUUUGGCGGGAAAGAAGGCAACUGCUCCCGAUAUCCUAUGUAGCCUCGAUCUGGCACUUGUCUUAGUGGACCAACAGAGCCGUCCCCUAUCCCAGCCAACCUCUGACGAGACGACCGCUGCCCGCGAAGCUUCCCGCCAUGCAUAUCAAGCAGGUCAUUCUUCACGGGUUUCGGAGCUACCGAGACCAGACAGUCAUCGAACCCUUCAGUCCCAAAAACAAUGUCGUCGUCGGGAGGAAUGGCUCUGGAAAAAGCAAUUUCUUCUACGCUAUUCAGUUUGUCUUGAGUGAUGAGUUCAGUCACAUGCGCCCAGAGGAGAGACAACAGCUGCUGCACGAGGGUACAGGACCACGGGUUGUGUCUGCUUAUGUUGAGAUCAUCUUUGACAACAGUGACAAUAGGAUACCGAUUGAUAGGGAGGAGGUCUCAGUGCGUAGAGUGAUAGGAGCCAAGAAGGACUCAUACUAUCUCGACAAGAAACACGUGACUAAGAGUGAUGUGAUGAAUCUACUGGAGAGUGCAGGAUUCUCCCGAAGCAACCCCUACUACAUUGUCAAACAGGGAAAGAUCAACCAGCUGGCUCUGGCGCCCGACUCACAGAGACUGAAGCUACUGAGAGAGGUAGCCGGUACCAGAGUCUACGACGAGAGGAAAGAGGAGAGUAAAACCAUCCUCAAAGACACUGAGGCCAAGAGGGAGAAGAUCGAGGAGAUGCUGGGCUACAUAGAGGAGCGACUGGCCACUCUGGAGGAGGAGAAGGAGGAGCUAAGGGCCUACCAGAACUUGGACAAGAUGCGACGCUCCCUCGAGUACACCAUCCACGACAAGGAGCUACGAGACACUCGCAGCAAGCUGGAACAGCUGGAGGAUGCUCGUAAAGGCAGCAAGGAGGGGUCAAGAGAGAGGAACGAAAAAAUUGCAGCCGCUCGGUCGAAAAUAGAGUCUCUAGAGAGGGAGGUGAAGGAGCUUGAGGUAUCCCUGCAUACCCUCCAGUCAGAGAGGCAGCAGUUGGCCGAGGACGACCAGGAGAUGAUCAGACAGAGGGCCAAGCUGGAGUUUGACGUCAAGGACCUGGAGGAGAGCCUCGUGGACGACAAGAAAUCCAAGGAGAGCUGUCAGCGAGAACUGACCCAGCUUGGGAAGACGGUCGAGAAACGACAGAAGGAGCUCGGCAGACUCCUCCCCCGCUACACACGGCAAAAGACGGAGGAAGAACAGCUCAACACUCGGCUGAAGGCCUGCGAACAGCGACGCUCGGAACUCUUCGCCAAGCAGGGCCGCGGACAGCAAUUUGCCAACGUUGACGAGAGGGACGUGUGGAUCAGGAGGGAGGCAGGGUCGUUGUCAGAGUCUCUGGAGAACAAGAAGAGACAGUUGGCCCAGCUGCACCAGGACGUGGAGCAGAGCAUGGCCAAGGUGAAACGACAGGAGCGGGACAUCAAGGAGCGUGGGGAGGAUCUGGAGCAGAGGAGAGAGGCCAUCGACCGAGCCAACCGAGAGCACGCACAGCUGAAGCUGAGGAGGGAUGACCUCACCAACGAGAGAAAAGAGCUGUGGCGAAGGGAGGCGGGGAUUGACCAGACCAUCCAGAACGCCAGAGACGAACUCGCCAAAUGUGAACGAAACCUUCGAGGCACCAUAGGAAAGGCAGUUAACAGGGGGCUGGACUCAGUCAAGAGGGUAGUGGAGGAGAAGCAGAUGAGCGGAGUCUACGGCCCUCUUCUAGAGAACUUCACGUGCGAACCUCGUGUCUUUACUGCCGUUGAGGUCACAGCUGGAAAUAGAUUGUUCCAUGUGAUAGUGGACAAUGACCGCACGGCCUCCCAGAUCCUCUCCAUCAUGAACAAACAGAAACUGCCCGGAGAGGUCACCUUCCUGCCGCUCAACAAACUCAACCCUCCCCGCAUGGAGUAUCCCAACGCCAAGAACGAUGCGAUUCCGAUGGUGGAGCAGAUGAAGUUCAACCCCAUGUUCCAGCCAGCCAUGAGACAGGUAUUUGGCCGGACGCUCAUCUGCAGGGACAUUGACAGAGCCUCGCACUUUGCCAAGAAUUCCAACCACGACUGUGUCACCCUUGAUGGUGACCAAGUGAGCCACAAGGGAACGCUGACUGGAGGCUACUAUGACACGAGGCGGUCUCGACUCGAAAUGCACCGCCAGAUGAUGGAGCAGAGGGAGAGGCUGGAGGCAGCCGAGAACGAGAGAUCUCAACUCAGACACCAGCUGGACCAUAUCCUCUCUUUCACACACGCCAUCUCUUUCCUCCCUUAUCCCUCCCUUCUCAUAUUGUCCGGUUGAUUUCCUUGACUCCAGAGAGCACAGCUGGAGGGUAAAGUCACUCAGGUCCUAGGAGACCUCCAGAAGACUGAAACGAAGCAGAUACAACUCAAGGAGACUUUUGAGCGUCAGAAGAUGGACAUCAGGACCAUUACGAAGGAGCUUCAGGCAAACAGGAGGGCACUAGAACCAAAGGAGCAGUCACUGGCAUCACAGGAGACUGACAUCCAGUCAAUGGAAGGAGCUCUGGGGACCCUCACAGCUGAGCUGGGCACUGAACUCCUCUCUCAACUCAACUCUGGAGAACAAUCUGAGGUGGAGAGAUUGGGGGAAGAGGUUCAGACUCUACAACAGCAGCUAAAAGAGUGUCUCAGAGAGAGAACAGAGUUGGAGACUGAGAAGAACAAGCUGGAGAACCUGCUGUCCAGCAACCUCCUGCGCAGGAAGGAGCAGCUGGUGCAGGAGAUGGAGGAGCUCUCGAUGGCCGACCAUCGCCAGGAACUGGAGAUGCAGACUGCCGAGCUGGAGCAUCUCUGUACCACCAUCAACACCACUCGCUCACGACUGGAAGAGGUGGUGGCAAGUGUGGAUGAUCACGGUAAGAAGAUCAAGGAGAAAGAGACGGCUCUGGACAAGUGGAAAACCAUGGAGAGAGAGCAGCUGGACUCCAUCGAGGAAGAGGCCAAGGCCAUGGAGAAACUGGCCAACAAACGCAGCCUCCUCCUCAAGAAGAAAGAGGAGAGUAUGCGUAAGAUCAGGGAACUUGGUUCACUGCCUGCAGACGCCUUUGAUAAGUACCAGGGGCUGCCCCUCAGUCAGCUGUGGAAGAAAUUGCACAAAUGCAACACGGAGCUAAAGAAGUACAGCCACGUAAACAAGAAGGCCCUCGAGCAGUUUGUCAAUUUCUCGGAGCGGAAGGAGACGCUCACGUCUCGCAAGGAGCAGCUGGACCGAGACUACCAGAGCAUCAUAGACCUCAUGGACGUUCUGGAGCAGCGCAAGUACGAGGCCAUCCAAUUCACCUUUAAACAGGUAUCCAAGAACUUUAGUGAUGUCUUUCAAGAGCUGGUGCCCAACGGGAAGGGACAGCUAGUCAUGAAAAGAGCCGAAGAGCUAGUGCCGUCGGCAGACACAGAGGACGAGGAUAGUCUUAGACCGAGUGGCAGUGGGAGGGGACCGUCUGUUGACGAGCAUUUCACUGGGGUCUCCAUCAGGGUGUCAUUCACUGGUGUGGCGUCAGAGACCAAGGAGCUCCAGCAGUUGUCUGGAGGACAGAAGAGUCUCGUUGCUCUCACGCUCAUCUUUGCCAUCCAGAAGUGUGACCCGGCCCCGUUUUACCUGUUUGACGAGAUUGACCAGGCCUUGGACUCCCACCACCGCCACUCUGUAGCUGCCAUGAUCCACAGACUGGCGGACAAUGCCCAGUUCAUCACGACGACCUUCAGACCCGAGCUGGUGGAGGUGGCAGACAAGUGCUACGGAGUCAAGUUCCAGAACAAAGUCAGUCACAUCAACGCAGUCAGCAAAGAGGCCGCCAAGGAUUUCAUCGAACAAGAAACGGCCGAUAAAUAGGGGGCUGGACCUCGAAAUAGGUUCUGUAUUAUCUGGCCACGAAUAAACCAACAACAGCAAAACAUUAUACCAAUCCUCUCUCUCUCUCCUGUAUUCCACUAGGUUUUAUCAUUCUAUUUGAUGCCACCAGCCACACAACUGUUAUUUUGGGCAUCUCUCUCUCUCUCACUCUCAGUUUCUCUCUCCUUCAUACGCCCUCCCCACCACCCUUGUUAUAUGCCACACUACUACAUACAUACCAUCACCAACCACCACCCCACUGUUGUGCUAAAACCUGUCAACUCUGUACAGUGGUUAUUAUCACCUCUAAAGUAUAUGGUCCAUCUUAUGUUCAAGAUGUUGUAAUGCAUUGCCACUCAAGAAUAUCGUAUUUUUACAUUCUUUUUUCUUUAUGCGUGUGCUGACCGACAUUAGACUAGCUUG